CCCAGAGGCGGCGGCGGCAGCGGCGGGCGGCAGCGGAGCCCGGCCAUGAACCCCAACUGCGCCCGCUGCGGGAAGAUCGUGUACCCCACCGAGAAGGUCAACUGCCUCGACAAGUUCUGGCAUAAAGCAUGUUUCCACUGCGAGACCUGCAAGAUGACCCUAAACAUGAAAAACUACAAGGGCUACGAGAAGAAGCCGUAUUGCAACGCACACUACCCGAAGCAGUCCUUCACCAUGGUGGCAGACACUCCUGAGAACCUGCGUCUGAAGCAGCAGAGCGAGCUGCAGAGCCAGAUUCGCUACAAGGAGGAGUUUGAGAAGAACAAGGGAAAAGGCUUCAGCGUGGUGGCUGACACCCCGGAGCUGCAGAGAAUCAAAAAGACUCAGGAUCAGAUCAGCAACAUAAAGUACCAUGAAGAGUUUGAGAGGAGCAGGAUGGGCCCCAGCCCCAGCGAGGGUGCCGAGAUGGAGCGCAGGAACUCCCAGGAAAGCACCAAUUACCGGAGACCCGCAGAGCAGCAGCAGCAGCCGUCUCAUCACGUCCAGCCCAGCAACCCAGGUAGGGCGCAGGGCUCCAGGAAAGGCUGGCAGCUCUGCUCUGCUCCAGCCCUGUCGGCUGCUAGAGCCUUGUACUCCCUUGCAGGGGGCUUUGUGUGCCCCCUGAACCCCAGCGCCCAGCCGCAGCUCUGGCUGACAGCCCCAGUCCUUCCUUCCCAGUCUACCAGCAGCAGCAGCAGAUGUCGUCUCAGUCCUACGGCUACAAGGAGCCCGCGGCACCAGCCUCUACACAGCGCAACGCUCCUUCUGGAGGCGGGAAGCGUUUCCGCGCUGUCUACGACUACAACGCAGCCGACGAAGACGAGGUCUCCUUCCAGGACGGCGACACCAUCAUCAACGUGCAGCAGAUCGAUGACGGGUGGAUGUACGGCACGGUGGAGCGCACGGGCGACACGGGCAUGCUCCCCGCCAACUACGUGGAGGCCAUCUGAGCCGCGGGAGGGGACGGGGCACGCGGCCCCCCCGCCGAGCCCCCGGCCCGCGCCAGCCCCAGUGUGUGUGUGUGCGUCUCCCUCCCUCCCACCCAGCACCCCUUCUCCAGCGUGCUCUGCCGCUGCCUGCCGGAGCCGCGGGCUGACAUCUCGGUUUCUUUGUGUUUCUGCAGCCGCCUCUGGUUUCUCUUGCCAAUUUAGCUUUGUUCUCGCUCUGUCGGGACUGAGGGACUGUCUGCAAGGGAUGUUGGGGGCUCAGGAGACCAAACGGCCAUCGCUUUCCUUCUCCCUCAGUCUCCCCCCUCUCUAGCCUUCCGGAGGGGCUGGGGCACCCAUGCCAGCCGGGGCCCCCCUCCCAGGUGCUCGGGCAGUUACUGGCUGGGGGAAGCAGCCAAGUCGCUGGGAGCUGGUGCAGAGGGAGGAGCAGACCCUCUGCUGGGACCAAAUCCCCCCACCUUGCACCAGGACGGGCCAGGCAGGGAGAAGGGCAGGGAGGGAUGCUCGUUCUGAGGGCUGACGGGGGGGGGGGGAUGAGCUGGCAGCCUCCACCCUGUGCUGCUCUUGCUCUGGCUCACCCCGUUGCUUCUCCCAGCUCCGGUUUGGUGUUUCCAUCCAGCCUUCUCUCUCUUCAGUCCUCACAACGUUGCAAACCAGAAGAACGUUUGUGGUUAAAGUCGUAAAUGAGCUCUGUCUUUCUUGGGAUUCAGAGCGGCUGCUCUGGCCAGCCCUGGGCGCUGCUCCUGCCUCGGGGCCUGGCUGCCUUGUCCCAGCUCCCCCCUUCCUCCGGGCCCCACGGGGCCGAGCAGGGGCCAAGCUGCUGCAGGGGCCGGGGAACCGCAGGGCUCCGGGGGCUGGCACGGGGCUGGGCCGUGCUGGCAGCACCGCGCCACCUGGGCCUCGUGUCCCCCCUGUGGCUCCCUAUGUGGUCCUGCGUGCCGGGGGCAGCCUCUUCCUCUGUCAGCAGAUCCACCCGGACCCUUCCUGCUUUUCUUUUGCUGCUGCGGAGCUUUUGGGACCCUCCUGAGCCCUCCACACGCUGGGCAGAUGGUCUGGGGAGGCAGCAGGAUCAGCCCCCAUCCCCUGUGCCUCUUCUGGGCCGAGCGUGAAAGAUUUUCCCCCUCUGCCACCGUGCUGGGGAGCAUCCUGGGGACUGUCCCCCCCGGCGGCCCAGCCCUGAGUGGCAGAGGCAGAGAUGGGUUUGGCACCCCAGACCCCCACGCCGUCCCCACCUCUCACUGGUCCCCAGCGGUGGUGGCUUUUGGGGCCACCACUGACUUGGGAUCGCAUCACGGACCAAAAUUUCAAAGCACAUCCUUGUCCCCUUCUCCUUUGGGCUGCGGAGGUCCUGGGGCUGAGCAGGGACGGGUAUAACUGGAAGCCUGUGCGCAGGGAGGGAGGAGCGAGGAGCUCCUGCCCCGAGGGACUCGAGGGACCAAAAUGGCUGAGUUCAGACAUUCCUUGGCUCCAUCUGGGGCCACGUCCCUGGGGAUGGCCUCACGGAGUGGGAGAGGACCCCGUGCCUCCUGCUUGCAGUCCCCUUUCUCAAAGCACACAGGGUUGCAGGGUUGGGGUGACCGGAGACGGGGUUUGGGGCACAGCGGGGCCAGAGACCCACAGCAGGGUGUGAGCGGGGAGAGGCGAACGUCUUGCUCCUGGCUCGUUUCCCAGCUGGCUGCAACGGGAGGAGAAGCGUGGCCGGGGUUCCUGGCACUGCCAUCCAUCCCUUUGGGGACCCCAGAGGCAGCCGGGGUGGGCUUCACGGGAUGGGAAUCCCGGUCGGUGCUAAAACGAGCGAGCCCGAGGGUAGGGGAGAGGGGAUGGCGGGGGCGGAGGAGCCCGCGUCUCUCCCUGCUCACCCUGUUCUUAAUCACGUUCUUGUCUGGGAAUGGGGGGAUGUGUCAAUGUGAAUAAACCGUUUUUUAAUGGACCAAAUAACACAGGUGAUUACGUUUUGGUAUACAGACCUUUUUUUAAUGCUACCUGGAAACCAUUGUCCUAAGUCUCCCUGCCCCUGCCCUGCCCCUUCUCCCCAGCCAUGGGAAACAAACCUCUUACUGCUUGAUUUCUGCCUUUUCUCUCAACUUAUGCACUUUUUUGCCUUUUUCAUAGCUGAAAAGCACCUAAACCUGUAUUUAAAAUAAAUAAAUAAAUAAAAUGAUUAAAAAAAAUUAAAAGCUAAAUUGCUUCUCAUCAUGUGUAAAAUAGACCUCAUCCAUCUUUGCUUCCCCGGUUGCAUCUCGGUGCUGAGCUUAGAACGUGUUUUCUUCCAGAUCCGUUGCUUGAUUGGGGUUUGUCCUUGUGUACUCCUUCCCCUCGGGUUGAGCAUCCAUGAAUAAAACAUUAUUUGGCCUUUUUAACCAAACUGUCAAAUGAAACAUACCAAUUGAUUCUCCUUCCUGGUUUACUCAAAAAUAAAAGUAUAAUUUUUACCUGCC